ACAAUGGCUGACAAUAGUGUAUUAACAUCCACCACUGGGAGGACUAGCUUGGCAGACUCUUCCAUUUUUGAUUCUAAAGUUACUGAAACUUCCAAGGAAAACUUAUUUACUGGAUCUACUUCAUGUGUUGAAGAAGAAAUGCCUCAGAUUGAAACGAGGAUGAUCUUGGUUCAGGAAGCUGGAAAACAUGAAGAACUUAUAAAAGCCAUGAAGGAAAUUAAAGUACCCUUUGUAAAGAUGAAAUCAAUAGAAGAAUUUGAAGGUUUGGAUUCUCCAGAAUUUGAAAAUGUAUUCAUAGUCAUGGACUUCCAGGAUUCUGUCUUUAAUGACUUAUACAAGGCUGACUGUAGAGUUAUUGGACCACCGGUGGUAUUUAAUUGUGCUCAAAAAGGAGAGCCUUUGCCAUUUUCAUGUCGUCCGCUCUAUUGUACAAGUAUGAUGAAUCUAGUACUAUGCUUUACAGGAUUCAGGAAGAAAGAAGAACUAGUCAGAUUGGUGACAUUGGUCCAUCACAUGGGUGGAGUUAUUCGAAAAGACUUUAAUUCAAAAGUUACACAUUUGGUGGCAAAUUGUACUCAAGGAGAAAAAUGUAGGGUUGCUGUGAGCCUGGGCACUCCUAUUAUGAAGCCAGAAUGGAUUUAUAAAGCUUGGGAAAGGAGGAAUGAACAGGAUUUCUGUGCAGCAGUUGAUGACUUUCAAAAUGAAUUUAAAGUUCCUCCAUUUCAAGACUGUGUUUUAAGUUUCCUGGGAUUUUCAGAUGAAGAGAAAACUAAUAUGGAAGAAAUGACUGAAAUGCAAGGAGGUAACUGUUUACCAGUUGGAGAUGAAAGAUGUACUCACCUUAUUGUUGAAGAGAAUAUAGUAAAAGAACUUCCGUUUGAACCUUUGGAGAAACUUUAUGUUGUUAAGCAAGAGUGGUUCUGGGGAAGCAUUCAAAUGGAUGCCCGAGCUGGAGAAACUAUGUACUUAUAUGAAAAGGCUAAUACUCCUGAGCUCAAGAAAUCAGUGUCACUGCUUUCUCUACAUACUCCAAAUAGCAAUCGAAAGAGGCGUCGUUUAAAAGAGACACUUGCUCAGCUGUCAAGAGAGACAGACAUGUCACCAUUCCCUCCCCAAACACCAAAGUCUUGUACAAAAUCUUCUAAAAAUUCUACUCCAGUUCCUCAAAAGCAGUCAGCUAGGUGGCAAGUUGCAAAAGAACUCUAUCAGACUGAAAGUAAUUAUGUAAAUAUAUUAGCGACAAUUAUUCAGUUAUUUCAGGUUCCCUUAGAAGAAGAAGGACAACGUGGUGGGCCUAUCCUUGCACCUGAGGAGAUAAAGACCAUUUUUGGUAGCAUUCCGGAUAUCUUUGAUGUGCACACUAAGAUAAAGGAUGAUCUUGAAGACCUUAUUAUUAAUUGGGAUGAGAGCAAAAGCAUUGGUGACAUCUUUCUUAAAUAUUCAAAGGAUUUGGUUAGAAUCUACCCUCCCUUUGUAAACUUCUUUGAAAUGAGCAAGGAAACAAUUAUUAAAUGUGAAAAACAGAAACCAAGAUUUCAUGCUUUUCUGAAGAUAAACCAAGCGAAACCAGAAUGUGGACGCCAAAGCCUAGUUGAACUUCUCAUCCGACCAGUACAGAGGUUACCCAGUGUAGCACUACCUUUAAACGAUCUUAAGAAGCAUACAGUUGAUGAAAAUCCUGACAAAAGCACUCUAGAAAAAGCUAUUGGAUCACUAAAGGAAGUAAUGAUGCAUAUUAAUGAGGAUAAGAGAAAAACAGAAGCUCAAAAGCAAAUUUUUGAUGUUGUUUACGAAGUAGAUGGAUGUCAGGCUAAUCUUUUGUCUUCUCACCGAAGCUUAGUACAACGAGUUGAGACAAUUUCUCUCGGUGAGCACCCCUGUGACAGAGGAGAACAAGUAACUCUCUUCCUCUUUAAUGACUGUCUGGAGAUAGCAAGGAAACGACACAAGGUUAUUGGCACUUUUAGGAGUCCUCACGGCCAGACCCGACCUCCAGCUUCUCUUAAGCAUAUUCAUCUAAUGCCUCUUUCUCAAAUUAAGAAGGUGCUGAACAUAAGAGAGACAGAAGAUUGCCAUAAUGCUUUUGCCUUGCUUGUGAGACCACCAACAGAGCAGGCAAAUGUGCUGCUCAGUUUCCAGAUGACAUCAGAGGAACUCCCAAAAGAAAACUGGCUAAAGAUGCUUUGUCGACACGUAGCGAACACCAUUUGUAAAGCAGAUGCUGAGAAUCUUAUUUACAUGGCUGAUCCAGAAUCCUUUGAAGUAAAUACAAAAGAUAUGGACAGUACAUUGAGUAAAGCAUCUAGAGCAAUAAAAAAGACUUCCAAAAAGGUUACAAGAGCAUUCUCUUUUUCCAAAACUCCAAAAAGAGCUCUACGAAGGGCUCUUAUGACAUCCCUUAGCUCAGUGGAGGGAAGAAGUCCUCCCAGCAGUGACAAACAUGUAAUGAGUCGCCUGUCUAGCACAUCAUCAUUAGCAGGUAUACCAUCUCCCUCCCUUGUCAGCCUCCCAUCUUUCUUUGAAAGAAGAAGUCAUACUUUAAGUAGAUCUACAACUCAUUUGAUAUGAAGCUUAAAAAAAUGAAAUUAGAGAAACUCACAAACACCUCAUAUGUGAACAAGAAACUAACUUAUAUGGUACUUUUCCUUAGCACUUGGUGGAAACUGAAAAGAAGAUAGGUAACACUAAACUAUGCCAUUUGAUUUUCGUUUUGAAAGAAUAAGUUUACUCAUGUAAAAAUAUCAAGUUUCAUGUAAUUUAUUUCUUGGCUCAAAUUCCUAAUACAAAGACCAAGAAUUUAAGUUAUUCAUAACCUCAGUAGCUUUGUGCCCCUGAUACAGUAAAUACUUUUUUUGGUAGUUGCCACAUACUUCUGUGAAUCUAUUUGUAUAGUAUCUGUGAAUGAAUUUAUGGAAACACAUCUUUGUGUAUCUCAAUUUGUACAGAAAUUAAGUGAUCUCACAAUACUUAAUGGAUAAAAGCCUACAUAAAUUCCUGAUUAAAUAGCGGGGCCUUGUAUCACAUGUGAUAUUUGAAGUAGUUAUUUAACUUCUGUGUUCACAUAGUAUUUUUCUUCUCGAAUUAUUCCAAGAUCUAGCAUAUGCAUUUAAAAAGCUUUGCCCCUGUUAACAAGAAUAACAUUUAAAGGACAUUAUUUAAAAAUACUUUUACAAAUUGAGAUAAGGACAGAAAAAUUUAAAAAUAUUGUAUAUUUUGCACAAACCUAGUAUUGGUAUAUACUUAUAGUUGUUUCAGAGACAAAAUGUUUGUGGUAAUUAUUAGCCACCAGCAAAAGUAUUUUGAAGGAUAAGACGAUGAGAAAAUUGUGAUAAAGAUUGUUUAUAUUCUCUAUGAAAUAAUUCUAAAGUUGCCGUCAGUUUUUCUAAUCUGUGAAAUGCAUAGAAAUGUGUGUGGUCAACUUCUUAUUGUCACAAUUAAAUGUAAUAUUGAAAUACGUUUAUUUGCUGUUGUGAAGUAUUUUUCAAGCUCCGAUGUUAUCUUUCACAAUAGUCUUUUUUUUAUAGUCAGUAAUACAAAAUAACUUUUUCUGAAAAAUGCAUUUUUCCUACCUGUUUAGGGAGUAGUGCAAACAUUUAAUUGCCAUUUAACAAUUUUCAAUAAUCUGUUUUAAUAGUUAAACUGACUAUGUAGAUUUUUUUAUGCUAUGUAUGUACCACUUUUGAGGAUAGUA